ACCCCUGGAAUUUUAUGAAAGUUGUCAAAAGGUUUUCGAUUAUUGUUAUUAAAAGGAAAAUUCAUUUUUCUGCAAGAAAUCUUGAAUUCUUGAAGAGUAGCUCAAAAUGCCGUCUGAUGAUGUGCAUGACGACGCCAGUCAACGGCUGACAAAUGAUGAUUUCCGGAAGCUCCUGAUGACCCCCCGUACGGCUCCGGCCUACGUUUCAGCAUCCAGUCGGGGUGAGACUCAAGCAAAGGCUUCAACUACAGCAAAAGUCAGCAAUUCUGAGCGAUAUGAGGCCAGGAGGAAGAAGAAAAACUUCUAUGCUGCCCUGAAGAAGCAGGAAGAUCACAAGAUGAGCGAAUUGGCGGAGAAAUACAGAGACAGGGCCAGAGAGAGACGAGAUGGAGUCAAUCCAGACUAUCAAAAUAUCGACACUACGGGCAAUUCGAGUAGUGCAUAUAGGACUGUAGCUCCGGAUCUCAAAUCGGGCAUUGAUGCAGCCGAACGGAGACGUCAGAUGAUUCAGGAGUCAAAAUUCUUGGGUGGUGACAUGGAGCACACUCACUUGGUGAAGGGUCUGGAUUAUGCAUUGCUGCAGAAGGUGCGCAGUGAGAUUGUGGCCAAGGAGCAUGAACAGGAGGAGGAGAUGGAAAAAAUUGUGGAUGAGGAUGCUCCAGAACCGAAAGCCGUUGAACCAGAAAGGGCACCAAAACGCGAAGAAUUCGAAUGCAAGACGGUCAUGGGGAGCAAUAUUAAGUCUUUUGUGGCAGCUCAAAAAUCCAAAGUGGUGGAACGGAAUGAAUUAUUCCUGCCAGGACGAAUGGCGUACGUGAUUGAGCUUGAGGAUGAGAAUUUGGAGAAUGAUAUUCCCACAAUUCUCAUUCGUUCAAAGGCAGAUGUCCCAGUGUCCAGUGUUGAACUUCAGACAUUGACUACAAAUGACAUUGUCAUCAAUAAACUCUCCCAGAUCCUGGGAUAUUUGAGGCAAGGAGGCAAGAAUAAGAAGAACAAGAGGAGGGACAAGGACAGGCCUUUGUUUAAGGACACUGACAAGAAGGCAGAUCCGGAUUCGAUCUAUACGCGGGAUGAAGUUUAUGAGGCAACCAAACAUGGAGAGUCAUCUAUGACAGGGAAAUCUACAAUCUUUGGAAAUCCCGAUGGAGGAUAUUUCGAUAAGCCAUCCAAGGAGCCAAAGAGCUCAAAAUCCUCAGGAAACUUCCCGAAGCCCCCGGUGAAACUUCCAACGGGUCUAAUAUCUAGGCUUACGGCUGAGCCUGAAGGAUAUGCCGAAUGCUAUCCUGGCCUGCAAGAGAUGAAUGAAGCCAUUGAUGACUCAGACGAAGAAGUGGAUUACACCAAAAUGGAUUUGGGAAAUAAAAAGGGUCCAAUUGGACGAUGGGAUUUCGAUACGCAGGAAGAAUACUCGGAUUAUAUGAGUACUAAGGAAGCAAUGCCCAAGGCGGCAUUCCAGUACGGUGUGAAGAUGCAGGAUGGUCGGAAGACGAGGAAACACAAGACGGAUAAGUCAGAAAAGGCACAGUUGGACAGAGAAUGGCAACAGAUUCAGAAUAUUAUUGAGAAGAGAAAGGCUAAGCCAUCGGGAGAUGGACCCAAAGCCAAGGCCAGCAAGUACUAGAGCUGUUUUGUUGGGCUCGGAAGCCAACUCCCUCAAAAAGCUCCAGGAUUUCUGAGUCGGAAAAGAAAUAGCUCCUGAAAAACAAAAUAGAAUUUUCUGUAUGAACUUUCUAGGCUUUGUAGAAGAAUAAAUAUUUUACCUCGUUC